CCCUGUAGAUUUUUACAUUUUAGGUAUGUGCGGGUGUAAUGAUUAAGAUGUCUUAGUGGUUCUUGGAUGGGGGGGACAAGACUACUGUGUGGUUGAUAUAUACAGUGUUCUUUCCUGGCUUUUACAGGUGACAUUGAAAAGCAACCAGAGAUCCAAAUAAAAAUAGAAUUAUUCUUUGGACUGCUUGGUGGUUACAUUAUAGCAAUAGCUGGCCACCGAAAGGGUGUUGUCAUCUACAUGACAGCCGAAGAGGUUGAGACAGCAGAAAAAACUAAGGAAGGUGGUCAAACAGAAAAACUUUCUUUUGAUUUAAUAGGUGGAACAGCACAAAACCCAAAGGUAUUUUGGAUCAGCAGCCGUAUACUCUAAGAACGAGCAUGACUGGUUGCGCCGUUAAAACCGACUUCGCAGAGAGAUUAAAGGAGGCUCACAGGCAUCUACUUUUUUCCACAAUGCCAAUGGGGGUGUCCUUGAUAAGCUGCCUGAAUAUUUCAAGAAGGCCUGGGAAGAGAUGAAUUUAGGGACUGCCCCCACAUUCAACAUGCUGCGUUCUUCCUGCUCCACUUAUGCUAACCGGCAGCUGGGACGCGAAACCUACCAGAGAGUGGCAGCAUUUAUGUGUCAUGAUGCUAACACAGCCAAAAGAUUUUACCAAGCGGAGGAUCCAGCAGAGGUCACACUCCGGAGCAGAGCAUUGACCACACGAGCAAUAUCAACAUAUGCAGCAAAAAAAGAGGAGGAGCAGGAGUCAUCGGAACCAGAUGAACCUGUGAGGAGAAGGCUGUACCAGCAGCACAGAAAAAAGAUGGUGAGAACAGCUGAAGAGGAGGGUGCAGGUGAUGUAAAAACAGCACUGGAUCAAACAGCAGAGAAUUCAGAAGAGGAGGAUGACACCAUGGCACAAAUAACUUACCAAUUGCGCAGAAAAAUCUUGCCCCCAAACCAGCAGAAAAAAGUAGAGGGUUGUUUGGAUCAUUUCAUGAGCUUUCAAUCAUGUCAAAUGUUUUUUUUGUCCUUUCCCUUUUCUAUAAACAGAAGACAGUGUCCUUCAAAGAGGAUGAUGGGAUGGACCAUCAUGGGGUUGAGUGCCCCGUCCUGCAAAGAGGAAAACACAUGGAGAGCUCAUCUGGAGAGGAUGGGACAGGUGACUGGAAACCCACGCAGAAUGACUCAGAUGGCGAUUCAGAAGAGUCUGAGGAAGAAGUUACAUGAAGGGUUUCCAACCUGCCUAAGAAAAAGAGAGUGAAGCGCUAUGUCCUGCAAAGACAGAAACAGAUAGAGAGCUCGUCUGAAGGAGAUGGGACAUACGAUUGGGAGGUUAAGCGGCCCAUCCUGAAACGCUGGGUGAGACUGGUCAUCAGUUCCAGUGCUGACACGCAUACCAGAAUCUCUCUAUCCAAAUUGAGCAAAAUA